AUGGUUACUUCCUUUUCAGCCGAGAAACUUACACUUUUGGGUGUUUCUCAUCGCGUUGAUUCAAGUACUGGAUCUAUUGGCCGGAGAUAUGCUCGUACAGAUCAAUUAGCUAUUCCUUUUGGAAUAACAGUUGACUUUGAUACGGUUAACAUCGAACCACCCAGCGCUACACUCCGAGAGCGUGACAGCAUGAACCAGAUUCGUGUUGAGGUUAGUAUCUUUGGUCUUAGACUUAUUUAA